AUGAUGAAUAUAACGAAUACGGAGAGCGAGAACAACGAAGAGCGAGAGCGAGAGCCAGAGCAAGAGAGAGAGAGAGAGAGAGGACGAGAGAGAGAGGACGAGAAAGAGAGGACGGACGAGAGAGGACAAGAGAGAGGACGAACGAGAGAGAACGAACGAGAGAGAGAGAACGAACGAGAACGAGAGAACGAGAGAGAUAGAACGAGAGAGAGAGAGAGAGAGAGAGAGAGAGAGAGAGAGAGAGAGAGAGAGAGAGAGAGAGAGAGAGAGAGAGAGAGAGAGAACGAGAGAGAGAGAGAGAGAGAGAGAGAGAGAGAACGAGAGAGAGAGAACGAGAGAACAAGAAUGAGAGAGAACGAGAGAGAGAGAGAGAGAGAGAGAGAGAGAGAGAGAGAGAGAGAGAGAGAGAGAGAACGAGAGAGAGAGAACGAGAGAGAGAGAACGAGAGAGAGAGAACGAGAGAGGGAACGAGAGAGAGAGAACGAGAGAGAGAGAACGAGAGAGAGAGAGAGAGAGAGAGAGGAAUAG